AGACCGGACGCGUGCACUAUGUUGCAAUAUAUCUAAUACGCGAAUCGAAACAAUUCUAAGUGUAAAAAAUGAGAUCCGCAAUUAUCUUUGUAAUGCUAUUCUUGGCCUGCUUGGCUUGGCUGAUCACCUGUGAUCAAGCACUCUCGGGAAAAGCAGACGAACGGCGUGCGAGGCUAAUUGGUAUCCAAGGACAAGAACUAACAGAAAAACGACUACAUGGAAACCAAACUGGAACCGAACUAGGACGCCGCGGCGUGACAAACAUCAGUUACCCUGGGAAAGAAGGUAUGCAAGUUAUUGAGCUGAGAGCUAUGCGCAACCGAGAGGCGAGGAUCCCGUGCAGCAACAGCAAGAUCGUUCUCGAUGGUCCAGGAGCAAAGGUGAUCUGGUUGAAAAACGAUACAGAGAUAAAAUAUAAAUUUCCAAAUGCAGACUACGAAGAAGGAUGGGCGAACCCAGAAAAUAUAUUCGAGACCACUUGCAACCCCGGUUCUUGCAGGGAUCCGACGAACUUAAUAAUUAAAAAAGUGUCAGAUCAGGAUGGGGGUCUAUACCGAUGUCGUGUGCAUUAUGUAACUAAGCAAGCUACUGAUCAUUUAAUCGAACUCCGAGUAGUCGAUCCUCCGGAUACACCGACUAUAUUUGUGGAUGCACAAGAAUUUAGAAGAAUAACUGUAGGCCCACUGACCAUCGGCAGCAGUAUAAAUAUAACUUGUAGUGUACAGAGGAAAGAUACUGAUACCGAAGUUUAUUGGCGACGCAAUGGAGCUAUAAUGAACUCAUUACAAGUAAUUACAACUUACAACGUGGUGCAAGCAGAAUUAUUUUUAGAAAAUUUAACGAGGAACGAUGAUAAGACGCGGUUGGAGUGUCUCAUUCAGACAGCUGACGUGUCAGAGGCCGUUAUUAGGCCUUUGGUCGUACGGAUGAUUUUGCCCCCCCUGAGCGUUUACAUCAAGUUAGAUGGCAACAGGAAGUUUGAAGUGGGAAUUCCUCGCGUAGUCGAGUGCUUGGUGAUGGGUAGCUUCCCAGUUCCCAUCAUCCAUUGGACGUUGGGGGCCUCAUUGCUAACAGCUACCGAUUAUGUGAUUUUUAACGAUGGCAAUACGACGUCCUCUACCCUGACACUGUCAGUAGUGCAGACAGAUAAGGAAAAAUUGUUGACCUGCCGCGCUCACAAUAUGCUAAUACCCACAGAGCAAUUUGAAGAUAAAGUGAAUAUUACAGUAGGCUUCGCCCCCAUCUGCGAGAUUAGAAGAGUAGUUCCUGUCGGCGUAAUCAAAAAAGAACCGGAGACCGUAACGUGUACCGUAAGAGCAGAUCCCGAACCAUUCCACUUUACCUGGGUAUACAGCGAUGGCCGGACGGCCAUCACGAAGGGCACCGUCCUCUCCGAAAACCGGUAUUCGUCAAACCUGACCUGGCUUCCUCGUGAUGGUGACUUCGGGAUACUUGAGUGCAAAGCAUCAAAUUCCUUUGGCAUCCAGAGUAUACCUUGUUUUUAUAACGUCAUUCCGGGUGGCCCCCCCGUGCCACCGGAAUGUGAAAUAAAAAGCACUGAAGCCAGUCAACUUGACGUUAACUGUCGACUAGAGAAAAAGAAGAAAACCAUUCCUUCAGACCCUGGAUGGAUGCCUUACGUCAAGGUCAUCAGCGGCAUGUUAAUAAUUGCGGCAGCAGUGGCUGUUAUAGGGCUUGGCACACAAAUCUGCUACGUAAAACGGGACGAAGAAUCUGAACCGGACCUGGUUCCUCGACAUAACGAGUGUUUCCAUCCCGAACCGGAUAUAGAAAUGGAGAACAUUUCCGUUGAGGCACCGAAUACCCCGUUUUGUUCGCCGGUGGUCCCGACCAGCCGCGUUAUAAUAGGCGGCCCUAUCUCCCCUGCAGAAGAGGAAUGUGAAGAGGACGAGGAUGACGACAGCCAGCGAUCAUUUUUCGUCUAAAGAAGCGUUCAAGACCAAAGUUAAUAUACCAUUGAGGACCACAAACUCAAAUGCCCCCGACAAUUCAAGCACAAUACAUACCUAACAGUUUGACAACGCCACAAAAUAAUUUAUAGAACUAAGUACAAUAUUAUGUCUUCAGUCGAUUUUAAAUACAACUGUAUUGCUAUCAGUACCUACACGUGUAUUUUUAAUGAAAAUGUGUAUUACAUUUUGUAAUGAAUAGUGCGAGGAUUGGUUUGAUGCUUUGCUGGUCUUGACGUCCAAGGCUAAUGACUGAUUUAGGUGCAUAGGGUUAAGAUAUUUCCGUAUUAGGAAUACGUAAACAUAAGUUUAUUAUUGUUCUAAUUUACAUAACAGACAGCUCGAAACCUAAGACAAAGAAUUGAAAAAUAGCAAUGUACUUACAUUAAACACUAUUUUCAAGAAAAAAAAACACUGGACUUGGUUAUCAUCCGAUGGCGAGUCAAAAAACCAAAUCGACUUUAUAAUACCAACAAAAAAAAUCUUCGCAAAUAUGUGUCAUCAAUAACCUAAACUUUGAAACUAACUACGACGUAGUCAACUAGUCAGGACAUAACUGAAUAUGGGUGGUAAUGACCCAACCCAAGAAUUCUGGACCAAAUUAAAUACAAAGGAUAUAAAACUCAACAGAUAUCUGACUCGAGAAGCAAAAGCAGAAGAAAAAGGAAAUUUUGUUAUGUCCGAACGUAUUUCUAUUCGAUGUUCUUCGUUAUAUUUCUACAAGGUGGCGUUGGAUGGUACCUUCAUAUGUAUGUAAAGUUAUCUAUUAAUACAGUCAUAAUCAAUAAGUAUAAUGCGUAUGUAAAAAAUGUAAUAUACUUGUCUUAA